CCCGCUUAGCUUGCACCUCCACUGCCGCUGUCAUCCCCGCUGUCUCCGCUGCCUCUGUCUCUUCCCCGCUGAGAAGAUGACCGUGGGGAGGUCUGCGGGAGCCUCCGGCGGCGCUCAGUGGAGCCGUCAGAUAUUUCCCCCCAAAUCCUCCUCAGACACAGAGGCAGAAGAGGAACUGUGUGGGGAUGGGCUGGUUUUGCCCAGGGCUGGCAAACUCAGUGAGUUCAUCAGCCCAGAGGAGGAGACAGAUUCUACUUCUGACUCAACUGCGAGUUUUUACGAGACCCUGCAGGCACUAAGGCAGAAAGGCAGGUGGUGCCUGUUGGAAUCCCUUUAUCUGUCUGACCCAGACAGUGAUGAAAGCCUCUCUGAAGAUGAUGAGGACCUGGAGAGUUUCUUGCAAGACAAAGGCAGGGGGAAGCCACAGGUGCAGUCCCCCGCGUCUCCGAGGUGUGGCUCCAUGAGGCGCUGCAGCUCCUUGAGCAACCUGCCCUCCGAUCUUCCCAAGGCUCAGCCUCAGCCACCCUCCAGCUCCAGGCCUCCCUCCCAGCACAGAAGCAUCAGCUCCUGGGCAUCAUCCAUCACCGUCCCUCAGCCGUUCGGCAUGACGCUGCGCGAGGCCAGGAAGAAGGCCCGGUGGCUGGCCUCCCCCGCCUCCUUUGAGCAUGAGACGCAGCAGGCCCAGAAGCAGGGCCAGGAGGAGGCCGAGUGCCACCGGCAGUUCCGGGCACAGCCUGUGCCUGCGCACGUCUACCUGCCCCUCUACCAGGAGAUCAUGGAGCGCAACGAGGCACGCAGGCGGGCGGGGAUCCAGAAGAGGAAGGAACUGCUGCUCUCUUCCUUGAAGCCCUUCAGCUUCCUGGGGAAGGACGAGCAGCGAAAGAAAGCCAUUCAACAGAGGGACCUGGUCGCCACAGCUAAGGCCAAAGUCCCCAAGCAGAAGCCCACCAGGAGGAUCCCCACGUCCAUUCUGGAGCCAGCCCUUGGGGACAAACUCCAGGAAGCUGAGCUCUUGAGGAAAAUUCGCAUCCAGAUGAGAGCCCUGGACAUGCUCCAGAUGGCCUCCUCCCCCAUUGCCUCCUCCAGUGGCCGGGCUGACUCACAGCCUCGAAUAGCCACCCGGACCCGGGAGGAGAAGCUUGGGUUUCUGCACACUGACUUCGGAUUCCAGCCUCGGGUGAAUCCUGCCGUCCCCGACUACGAAGAACUUUACAAGGCCUUCCAGAAAAGAGCUGCCAAGAGAAGAGACACCCAGGAGGUGACUCGCAACAAGCCCUUCUUGCUGAGAACCGCCAGUCUGCGUCGUGCUCCUCGGCCCUGUGAUACUGCCGCCUCUGAAGGGAGGAGGGAAUCUCCACAGCCACUCGGCACACCCCUGCCAAGGAGUCGUUCUCUGAGUGGCCUUGCUUCCCUCUCUGCCAACACCCUCCCCGUGCACAUCACAGAUGCCACCAGGAAGAGGGAAUCUGCAGUCAGAAGUUCACUUGAGAAAAAGGACAAAGCAGAUCAAAGUACUCAGUGGUCGGAGAUGCACAAAAAGAAGUGUCAGGCGAUAUCUAAGUCUGUGACCUUGCGUGCAAAAGCCAUGGAUCCCCAUAAAAGCCUGGAGGAGGUGUUCAAAGCAAAGCUGAAAGAGAAUCGGAACAGUGACCGUAAAAGAGCAAAAGAGUAUAAGAAAGAAUUGGAGGAAAUGAAGAAGAGAAUACAAAUAAGGCCCUAUCUCUUUGAACAAGUUACCAAGGACCUUGCCAGGAAGGAAGCAGAACAACGGUAUCGAGACACCCUGAAGCAUGCUGGGCUGGAUGAAGACUUUGUGAGGAACAAGGGUCAGGGCGACCGGGCUUUACAAUGGAAGGAGCAAUCAGAAGUCCGUGAUUGUCCCAGCACAGCACUCAUGAAACUACAAAACUCGGCAUCAGGAAUCCACGGCAGGAUUUAGAAGAAUCUCUAGAACAGCCUACAAGCCCCGAGAAAGAACUAGAGGAGCUGUCUUAUGAAUUACCAGAUAAUCUCAAAUCAUUUGGUUAAUCAGUAUACUUAAAACUACUGCUUUCGGGGCCUCCCUGGUGGCGCAAGUGGUUGAGAGUCCGCCUGCCGAUGCAGGGGAUACGGGUUCGUGCCCCGGUCUGGGAGGAUCCCAUAUGCCGCGGAGCGGCUGGGCCCGUGAGCCAUGGCCGCUGAGCCUGCGCGUCCGGAGCCUGCGCGUCCAGAGCCUGUGCUCCGCAACGGGGGAGGCCACAA